CACGAGAAGAGGCAGCUCUCACAUUUCUCUCCGAGUAUUUCUGUAGUGGGAACCAGCAUCCUACGAAGCUCCAAGGCAAAGCUGCUUGCUCAAACCUUACACCGUUGUUUCAGAUUACUAAUUCUAAAUUAAUUUUCCAGUUUCUUUUUAGAGUACUGAGAUGUUAUAUAACUUCAAUUCCUACACCAGAAUUCGAAAACCUUUCGCCAAACCUCAAAACUUCAUCGAUUUCUUAGAGUUUCAUGCAUGUGAUUGUGGCACUAAGGAACAAUUCAUUGGGCAGAAGGUUACCUCUAGAUCCAGAAACUCUCUCUUUAUAAACCGCUAUUUCAUUGGAUUUAGGGCAUAUUAUUCUUCUCUUUCUUCAAGAAGUUCUGUCAUUAGUUCUCAUUCAAGCACUAGAAGUAGAGGGCAACGAGGGGGAAAAUGUGACAUUGAUGAUAGUGAUGUUGGGCGUCGCAGAUUUAGGCAAUUUGGUUCCGGGGCUUCUUGGAAUCAGCAAGACUGUAACUUUAAUGAUUUUGAUGAGGGUGAAGAGCUUGAGGACGAUGAGGACGAAGAAGAAGAAGGAGAGGAUGGUAAUGAUGAAGAUGAUUUUAUGGUCUUGAAUUCGUUUAAUAGGAACCGUGAACAAAGAGAAGUCGUAAGAAGAGAUGAGGCGGACGAGGAUGAACUUAGACACCCUUUGGUGAGAGAGAUUUGUAGGUUAAUUCAACUUAGGUCGGCUUGGAACCCAAAGCUUGAGGGGGAAUUGAGGCACUUACUUAGAGGCCUUAAGCCUAGGCAAGUUUGUGCUGUUUUGCGCUCCCAGGCGGAUGAACGGGUUGCUUUGAAUUUCUUCUAUUGGGCUGAUCGGCAGUGGCGGUACAGACAUGACCCGAUUGUGUACUAUACGAUGCUUGAGGUCCUUAGUAAGACAAAAUUGUGUCAGGGUGCUAGACGUGUUCUUCGGCUCAUGGCACGUAGGAGUAUUGAACGCCUGCCUGAAGCUUUUGGUUAUUUGAUGGUGUCGUAUAGUCGGGCAGGUAACUUGAGGAACGCAAUGCGGGUGUUAACAUUGAUGCAAAAAGCAGGAGUUGAACCUAAUUUAUCAAUAUGUAACACUGCAAUCUAUGUUUUGGUGAAGGGGAAUAAACUGGAAAAGGCAUUGAGGUUCUUGGCUAGGAUGCAACUUGUUGAAAUUACACCUAAUGUUGUCACUUAUAACUGCUUGAUCAAGGGGUAUUGUGAUGUGCAUCGCAUUGAUGAUGCCAUUGAGCUGAUCGCUGAAAUGCCACUAAAGGGAUGCUACCCAGAUAAAGUUAGCUACUACACAGUGAUGAGUUUUCUUAGUAAGGAGAAAAGGAUAAAAGAAGUGAGGAAAUUAAUGGAUAAGAUGGUAAAGGACAGUAAAUUGAUUCCAGACCAGGUUACCUACAAUACCCUUAUUCAUAUGUUCUCCAAGCAUGGUCAUGGGAAUGAGGCUUUGGAAUUCUUAAGGGAAGCAGAAGAGAGGGGCUUUUGUGUUGAUAAAGUAGGGUAUAGCGCAAUAGUUGACUCAUUCUGUAAGGCUGGGAGGACUGACAUUGCAAAAGAAUUAGUAAAUGAAAUGUUCAAGAAGGGUUGCACUCCUGAUGUUGUGACUUACACUGCUGUUCUUAACGGGUAUUGUCUCUUAGGAAAGGUGGAUCAAGCUAAAAAGAUGCUUCGGCAGAUGUACAAAAAUGGUUGCAAACCGAACACUGUAUCAUAUACAGCCUUGUUACAUGGGCUUUGUCGGCAUGGAAAGUCAUCAGAAGCUAAGGAGAUGAUGAACAUGAGUGAGGAAGAGUGGUGGACCCCAAGUUUCAUCACUUACAGUGUUGUGAUGCACGGGUUCCGUAGGGAAGGGAAAUUGUCUGAGGCCUGUGAUUUGGCAAGGGAGAUGAUUAGAAAGGGGUUUCUUCCAACCCCAGUUGAUAUUAACUUGCUAAUUCAGCCUCUCUGCCGAGAGGGAAAAAUGCUCGAGGCUAAAAAGUUCAUGGAGGAGUGUCUGAACAAGGGAUGUGCUGUUAAUGUGGUAAACUUUACCACUUUAAUUCAUGGGUUUUGUCAGAAGAAUGAUUUGGAUGCUGCUCUUUCAUUGCUUGAUGAUAUGUAUCUGAGCAACAAACAUCCUGAUGCAGUCACGUUUACUACAUUAAUUGAUGCAUUGGGAAAGAAAGGUAGAAUGGAAGAAGCAACCGAACUCACAAUGAAGAUGUUGAAGAAGGGUUUGGAUCCUACUCCUGUUACAUACAGGGCAGUUAUCCAUCGCUAUUGUCAGAUGGGUAGAGUGGAAGAUUUGUUGAAAUUAUUAGAGAAAAUGCUUUUAAGACACUCAUUUAGAACAGUAUAUAAUCAAGUUAUUGAAAAGCUUUGUAGUUUUGGAAAUCUUGAGGAGGCUGAUAAACUCUUGGGUAAGGUAUUGAGAACAGCUUCAAAAAUUGAUGCUAAAACAUGUCACAUACUUAUGGAGGCGUAUUUGAACAAAGGAAUUUCUUUGUCGGCAUAUAAAGUGGCCUUUCGUAUGUUCAGCCGGAAUCUGAUUCCUGACUUGAAGCUGUGUGAAAAGGUGACAAAAAGACUGAUGUUAGAAGGAAAAACAGAGGAGGCAGAUAAGCUUAUGAUGCGUUUUGUUGAGCGUGGGCACAUUGUAUCCGAGUGUCGAGAGCAUCUGGGAAGCUAGUGGUUGGUGGGAUUUCUAUCAAGCUAGAGAGGCCUCCAAGGCAAUUCACAAGUGGCAGCAAUCUAGAAAUGAUAGAAGUUUCGAACGCAAGAGGACAAUGAAUGAGCUUAAAGUUCUUUUUUUCCUUGUUCUUAUGGGCGGAGGUCAU